GACCCACAUGGAAAAGUUACGGCACUCUACGGCGCGGCGUAAGUUUCGCGUGGCCGCUAUGACCAUUGGCACCUCAAACAAAACAGAUAUGGACAUGGCAAGAAAGUUCUACACCCAAGAUCCAGACUAUCAGAAGGCUUGUGAUCGCUCCGAUAACAAGUACAUGCCAGACAUUGAGGUGUUCAAGGACGCCUUCAAUAUCUUCGACAGGGACGGAGACGGAUCCAUCAGCGCCAACGAGCUCGACCUGGUGUUCAGGGCUCUGGGCCAAGUCUUGACGGCGCAGGAGCUGAAGAUCCUGGUGGCCGAAGCAGACCUGAAUGGGGAUGGGGUUAUCUCUAUUGACGAGUUCAUCGGCAUGAUGGCUAGGCGGAUUGUGCAUACUAAGGGGGAGAAAGAAGAAAAUAUAAAACGUGUGUUUGAGAUAUUCGACCGCGACGGCAGCGGUAAGAUCGACAGGAACGAACUCGCCUACGUACUCAACGAAGUGCUGGACCAGGACUGCAGCGAGGAACAGAUCGAGCAGAUUAUAAAAGAGGCGGACUUGGAAGGAGACGGCGAAAUCAACUAUCAGGAAUUCAAUAAUUACCUUUUCUCCCAGGAGGUCUGAGUAAAAGCAGCAGGAACACUGUUUAUAAACGACUCGGCUGCCCUGUACGGUAAGAUGCAAGGAUAGUAAUGUCAAGUAUAAUAUGUAUAGCAUCCUCGGAAGGCUACUAAACAUCCAAGUAGGGGAAGCAACCGGAGCCAUUCUAGCCUGGAGCUCCAACCCUAUUAGGCGGCUUCUGUAGUAGUUUCUGGUGCGUUGUGAGCUGUACCCUAUGUACAAUUUACCUGGAGACAACGCGGACUUGGUGUUUCACGGUGGGUCACUAUCAGCGUAUCAUACGCGCGUGUGCACACAUCGCGCAUACAGAUGCGAUGCGGAUAUAACAUGUACACGUGUAUGCUGAGUAACACACUAUAGCAAGCGCUUCCAAGCAAGACGGCAGUCGAACCAAUACGACUCGUGCCUCGCAGUUGCGGGUGGUGGCGCCACUUGGAAAUGGGGAUGUCACUUUAACUAGAGUGGAUAUCCUUGUCCCUUUCAGUAGACCCUCUGGAGCUGAGCAUGAGCACUAAAUUCGGAUACACCAGAUACCUCGUGUAGGAUAGGCAAAUCUACAUACGCCGUGGACAGCUAGUCGGUGGAAUGCAGAUUCGAGAGUUUGCCAUCGAACAAUAGUCAGAUAGCUGCAUGAGCAGCCAGUGAAAUGGUCACCCAUCUCUAGCUGUUGGUAGAAACAACGCUUUUCGAGAUGUCUAUGAUCCCGACGCAUGGACUAUAUUAAUAUCAAAAGUAACGAGUAACGCAUCCAAGUUUUGCGAAUACGGUAGUACGCGCCUGUAUAAAUACACCUAUCAAAACUUGAUGAUCUAAAUUCCACAUGAAAUAUUAAACUAAAAUAAUAAAAUCCAAUUCACGAUACAAAAG